AUGUCUCAACAAGCAUCCCUUCCAACUUACACACCACCUGCCCAGGCCCCACCAGCUACCGGUAAACCCGGGGAACGGCGCAGGAAAAUCCUAGCAGCUGCAACAAACCUAGGCAACCUUUUACCAACAGGAACCGUGCUGGCUUUCCAAACUCUUAUUCCCUCUUUCACGGCCGGAGGAACCUGUCUUCUCACUCACAAGUACCUAACCGGAGUCCUCAUCAUCCUCCUUUCCGCUACUUGUUUCUUCUCCUCCUUCACCGACAGCUUCCUCGACCAAAACGGAAAAAUACACUACGGAAUUGUCGUGCCCAAUGGCCUCCAUGUAUUCAAUGGUGAUCAUCUCUAUCAUGAUGAGAACACGAAAAAACGCAUUAAGAAUCAUUUAGAAAGCUACCAUCUCAAGAUAAUCGACUUUGUACAUGCCCUAGUGUCACUCUUGACGUUCUUGAUGUUUGCUCUAAGUGAUACCAACGUGCAGAAUUGCUUUUGGCCUAAAGCUGGCCUCAACUUGAAAGCUUUGUUUAUGAAUUUGCCAUUGGCUGGUGCUGUUUUCUCCACUUUUUUCUUCAGUAUUUUCCCUACUACACGUAGGGGAAUUGGCUAUGCAGACUCGGCCAGCGGUAGACCGAAUAUUGAUGUUAUUCCUGUAGAUAACUCAAAUCCAAAUAACAAGUGA